AUGCCUCACGCACGCGGAGCUCGCCAUUGAAUCUAGCGCAAUGCACAGAUUUUAGCCUCCGUGCUUUUUUUUCUCCGCUCUGUUUCUCACAAAGUCCUGCCAGUAUGGACUCGGCCCCGAGUACAGAGACCGUCGUGCAAGCCAUCCAAACCCUGUACCACAACCCCGAUCCCGCGUGCAAAGAGAGAGCGUCAGCUUGGCUGGGAGAACUGCAGCGAUCGGUAUUUGCAUGGGAGGUAGCAGACCAACUCCUAAGGAAUGGCCAGGACUUGGAAACCAGUUAUUUUGCUGCACAGACCAUGAGAACAAAGAUCCAGUAUGCUUUCCACGAGCUUCCACAAUCAGCGCACCAGUCUCUGAAAGAGUCGCUGUUGAACCACGCCCAGAAUCUGGUGUCCAAUGCCUCUCCUGUCAUCAUCACACAGCUGGCCCUGGCCCUGGCAGACUUGGCCUUACAGGUAGCAGGCUGGAAGUGUCCUGCCAAGGAACUCAUAGAAAAGUUUGGAAACACAGUAGGAAACCUGCCUUUUCUACUGGAGGUUCUGACUGUACUGCCAGAGGAAGUGAGUUCCAUCGUGAUCCAUGUGAACAGCAGAUCUCUGAGACUGGGAGCCAACAGGCGAGGGGAGGUUAUAGAGGAACUGGCCGAGUCCUGUGACCUGGUUAUACAACUGCUGAUUGCUUGUACACAAAGCUGUGCAGCAGAUUCAAGAGUACAGGCAAAGGUAUACCGGUGUCUCGGUAGCUGGUUCAAUCUUGGUGUAAUCCAGGGAGAGGCGGUUGCAACCAGCCAACUACUCAACGCACCUUUCCAAGCCAUGCAUAACCCAGACACAGUCUCUUCCGUCCAUGAGGCAGCCUGUGACUGUAUCUGUUCUGCUCUCUAUGUGGCAGAGGACAUCACCAGAUACGAGUCGUUGGCAAACUGCCUGUUCCAGGGCGUGAUCUCGCUAUCAGAGCCCUACCAUGUGUCUGUGGCACAGGAGGACAUAGACAAAUCGUUGAAUUACUGUCGAGUGUUCACAGAACUGGCCGAGUCGUUUCUUGAGUUGAUGAUGGCUGCUCCGGGGCAGGGCUUGGGGGAUCUGAGGAUACUAGAUCUGCUCCUGGCAUGUGUGGGCCACUGUCAGUAUGAGGUUGCAGAGAUCACGUUUAACUUCUGGUACCGUCUGUCGGAGGUCCUGUACAAAAGAGACAGCACCAACCUCAACACCAUCUUCAAACCCUACUUCCAACGCCUCAUCAACUCCCUGUCCACACACUGUCAGAUGGAUGAGGACCACGAGGGCAUCCCAGACGAGACAGACGACUUUGCAGACUUCCGGAUCAGAGUUUCAGAACUCAUCAAAGAUGUGGUAUUCAUUGUUGGGUCCAUCAAUGUUUUUACUCAGUUGUUCAGAAACCUUGCGGAGACUCCCAACACCACGUGGGAUGUGACGGAGGCACACAUGUACGUCAUGUCAGCAGUCGCUAAGAACCUCAUGCCUUUUUGUGUUCCUUCCUGCAGUGAUGAGGGGGAGGUUGUGCCGCAGGUUCUCCAGGCCGUGUUAAACCUCCCGCAGGAUGCUCACAUCGCAGUACGCUACACCGGAACUCAGCUGGUGGGGGAACUCUGCGAGUGGAUCGACAGACAUCCCGACACUUUAGAUUCUGUGCUGAAUUUCCUGCUGGCAGGCCUUCAGCACCCGAAGCUGGGCUCCGUCUCGGCCACGUCCCUACAGAACAUCUGUGCAGCCUGCAGGGAGCAGAUGGCCAGACACUUCAAGGGACUGCUGCAGAUCGUCGAGGCUCUGGACAACCUCCACAUCUCCAACGAGGCUGCUGUCGGGCUACUGAAAGGUAUAUCCUUGAUACUGACAAAGAUGCCCCAUGACCAGUUAGCUGUUGGACUGCGAGCUCUGUGCCAAAUACAGGCCAACAGACUGUCACAGCUGAUAGUCCAGAAUGAGUCUGUAAAGGAAGGCACAAAAACAGAUCCUACCAUCUUCCUGGACAGACUAGCCUCCAUAUUUAGUCUGUUCCAAUACAGGCACACGGCCCCCGAAGUGCAAAAUGGGCAGAUCCACCCCUGUCAACAAGUUGUGCAGGAGGUGUGGCCCGUUUUGUCAGAUACGUGUAACAAGUACCAGGCAGACAUCAGGAUAGUGGAGCGAUGCUGCAGGUGUAUCAGGUUUGCUGUGCGCUGUGUUGGCAAGCAGUCAGCUGGGCUACUGCAGCCUCUCGUCACACAGAUGGUGAAUGUGUACCAGGUGCACCAGCACUCGUGUUUCCUGUACCUGGGGAGUAUACUGGUGGAUGAGUAUGGGAUGGAGGAGGGCUGCAGGACUGGACUUCUCGACAUGUUAAAGGCAUUUUGUGGCCCAACUUUCCAGUUGCUGAAAACAGGAGGGCUGCGAAAUCAUCCCGAUACAAUCGACGAUCUCUUUAGGUUAUGUGCCAGAUUUGUUCAGCGAUGCCCCCUAGUGAUUCUCCAUAGUGAAAUGAUUGAUGCAAUCCUGGAAUGCGCGAUGGCCGCGUCGACACUGGACCAUAGAGACGCCAAUGCCUCGGUCAUGAAGUUUCUAAGAGACUUGGUGCACACCGCGAUAGCCAAUGAUUGUGAUGAAGACUACCAGGUGAGGAGAGACAUGGUGGAUAAGCUGAUGGUGGUACGCGGUCCACAGCUCACCCAGAGCCUCAUGUCCGCCACUGUGUUCUACCUGCCGUCAUACAUGCUUCCCGACGUGGCAGACGUGGUGUUUGAACUGAUGCGUUACAACAGGGCGAGUUUCUGUGUGUGGUUGGAACAUGCCCUGAAGGCCCUUCCCACCGAGACGACCGGCGGUGCCGUCAACGCUACACACAAGCAGCUCACAGACUUCCACAAACAAAUCACAAGUGCUGAAGAGGUAAAGACUGUGUCGUCAGCACUGCGAGACUUUUCCCGGCUCUACAGAUGACACUGAUCUCGUCACCGUGAAACGUCUGGAGGAGACAAGAGUCUGCGAGCAAAGUCAACGCAAGCUGCAAAACAUAUUACACGUCCAAGGCAUAUCACUUGAGAACUUUUUUACCCUUUUUUUCAACCACCCCUCCAUUUUCAAAAUGUCUCAGUCCUGUUAUGCAUGUGCUGGUUAAAGCAGUGGGCAUGACCAUUGCAUAUAGGGGGUGUGUGACAUUAAAUAACUUCUCUGAUGAAAACGGGAUCCCAAACUUUUGCCCUGUAAAUUUUUAAAGCUGUAAAAUACUUGCGCUGGCAGUGGAGUUGUCAUGUUUUAAAUUUUGUCAUGAGGAAGAAAGUUGCCGGAAACAACACAGCCAUAUGUAAAAUGCUUCAAAAAUUUCAUAAGUGUUAAUUUCAAGUUUUUACAAACAACAACAUGUAUACAAACCAUUACACAA